GUGGCUGGGAAGACCGAAGCGAAGGGAAGAGGAAUCGCUGCUGCUGCUGAUUGAAUUAAAAUCUGUUUUUUUAGACAGAUUAAUAGAUGGCGGACUGUGUUUCCAAGGUUGAGUUGUCGGUGUCCUGUUCUAAUCUCCUGGAUAAAGAUGUAGGUUCCAAGUCGGACCCGCUGUGCGUUCUUCUGCAGAGCACAGGGGACGACCAGUGGACUGAGUUGGGUCGUACGGAGCGGGUCAAGAACUGUGAGAACCCAUCAUUUAGCGAACAUCUGAGAUUGGACUACCACUUUGAGACCGUCCAAAAAGUCAAACUGGGGAUCUAUGACAUCGACAACACGUCUGCUGACCUCAGUGAUGAUGACUUCUUGGGAGGCGUGGAGCUGACCCUGGGACAGAUUGUGGCCAGUAAAACUCUCACCAGACCUCUGCAGCUGAAGAAAGGCAAACCUGCUGGAAAAGGAACCAUCACCGUCACGGCAGAGGAGAUUAAAGACAACAGAGCCGUUGUAUUGGAACUGGAGGCUAAAGGUCUGGACAAAAAGGAUCUGUUUGGGAAGUCUGAUCCAUUCCUGGAGUUUUUCAAACAGGGAGAUGAUGGACACUGGCAGCUGGUCCACAGAACAGAGGUGGUGAAGAACAAUUUGAAUCCAUCAUGGAAGAAGUUUACCGUUCCUCUACAAACCUUCUGCAGCUGUGACCUGGACAAACCCAUCAAGGUUCAUUGUUCAGACUAUGACAGUGAUGGCUCUCAUGAUCUGAUUGGUUGUUUCACCACUAAAGUCUCAGAGCUGCAGAAAGCAGCACAUGGCACCCCGGUGGCGUUUGAUUGUGUCCAUCCUGAGAAGCAAAAGAAGAAGAAGAGCUACAAGAACUCUGGGGUUGUUUGUGUGAAGAGCUGCCAGCUGGUGACCCAGUACACAUUUCUGGACUAUGUGAUGGGAGGCUGCCAGAUCAACUUCACUGUGGGAGUAGAUUUCACAGGAUCAAAUGGUGACCCUCGAUCUCCAAACUCUCUGCACUACAUGAGUCCAGACGGUCUGAACCAGUACCUGUCAGCCAUCUGGUCUGUGGGUCAGGUCAUACAAGACUACGACAGUGACAAGCUGUUUCCGGCAUUUGGUUUUGGUGCAAAGCUGCCUCCAGACUACCAGGCGGCGAACCACGAGUUUGCUCUCAACUUUAACCCUAGUAACCCCUACUGCCAAGGUAUACACACACACACACACACAGAUCUGUUUGGGAAGUCUGAUCCAUUCCUGGAGUUUUUCAAACAGGGAGAUGAUGGACACUGGCAGCUGGUCCACAGAACAGAGGUGGUGAAGAACAAUUUGAAUCCAUCAUGGAAGAAGUUUACCGUUCCUCUACAAACCUUCUGCAGCUGUGACCUGGACAAACCCAUCAAGGUUCAUUGUUCAGACUAUGACAGUGAUGGCUCUCAUGAUCUGAUUGGUUGUUUCACCACUAAAGUCUCAGAGCUGCAGAAAGCAGCACAUGGCACCCCGGUGGCGUUUGAUUGUGUCCAUCCUGAGAAGCAAAAGAAGAAGAAGAGCUACAAGAACUCUGGGGUUGUUUGUGUGAAGAGCUGCCAGCUGGUGACCCAGUACACAUUUCUGGACUAUGUGAUGGGAGGCUGCCAGAUCAACUUCACUGUGGGAGUAGAUUUCACAGGAUCAAAUGGUGACCCUCGAUCUCCAAACUCUCUGCACUACAUGAGUCCAGACGGUCUGAACCAGUACCUGUCAGCCAUCUGGUCUGUGGGUCAGGUCAUACAAGACUACGACAGUGACAAGCUGUUUCCGGCAUUUGGUUUUGGUGCAAAGCUGCCUCCAGACUACCAGGCGGCGAACCACGAGUUUGCUCUCAACUUUAACCCUAGUAACCCCUACUGCCAAGGGAUCCAGGGAGUAGUGGAAGCCUACCGGAUGGCUCUUCCUCAGCUCAGACUGUCGGGACCAACCAACUUCUCUCCCAUCAUAAACCACGUGGCCUCCAUUGCUUCUACUGCAGCACAGAGCAACAGCGCCGCCCAAUAUUUUGUCCUCCUCAUCCUUACUGACGGAGAGAUCACAGACUUUGACCAAACCAGAGACUCCAUUGUUCAAGCGUCUCGCCUCCCGCUGUCAAUCAUCAUCGUCGGGGUCGGGCCAGCUGACUUUAAGGCCAUGGAGCUCCUGGAUGGAGACGAUGGAGUGCUACGCUCUCAGACCGGCGAGCCAGUUGCCCGAGACAUCGUCCAGUUUGUCCCUUACAGACAGUUCAACAGCGCUCCUAAACAGGCUCUCGCUCAGAGUGUAUUGGCUGAAGUUCCCAACCAGCUGGUGUCAUAUUUCAAAAUGAGAGGCCUGGAUCCUGUCAAAGCUCCUACCCCAAAAGCCUAAACCCAGCCUCAAAAGCCAAAACCCCGCCCCUUAAGCCCUACCAUAAAUAGCCAACCACAUUUAGCCCCUCCACACUCUACAUUUGUCUACAAGAACCCUGAAAGGCCACUGAAACAUGAGCUGCCAACCAGUCAGAACAUCAGGACAACUUUGUGGCCAAUCACUGAGAAGUGUAGACGCCCCACCUGCUCAAGGGACCACUGACUCAGUGACAUUUUUCCUGUGUUUCUUUAAUCACUUGUGUAAUGGCUUCAUUUUUGUGUUUAGUAUGUUCAUGAGACUGCAGUGCUUCCAGUCUCUGUUUGUUGGAAAGCUACUUGACAGAUCUCCCAGCCAACCUCUCCAUGCACUCUCUUUCAGUUCAUUCAUGUCAGAUGUACACCAAUCAGUCAAAACAUUAAAACCAGGGCAUCCGGGUAGUGUAGCAGUGUAUUCUGUUGCCUACCAACACAGGGCUCGCCAGUUCGAAUCCCCGUGUUACCUCCGGCUUGGUCGGGCAUCCUGCGGACACAGUUGGCUCUGUCUGUGAUACAUGUGGAGUCGCCAGCUGCUUCUUUUCACCUGACAGUGAGGAGUUUCACCAGGAGGACAUAGCACGUGGGGGGAUCACACUAUUCCCCCCAGUUCCCCCUCUCCCCCGAACAGGUGCCCCGACCGACCGACCAGAGGAGGCGCUAGUGCAGUGACCAGGACACAUACCCACAUCUGGCUUCCCACCUGCAGCCACGGCCAAUUGUGUCUGUAGGGACGCCCGACCAAGUCUGAGGUAACAUGGGGAUUCGAACCGCCAAUCUCCGUGUUGGUAGGCAACAGAAUAGACUGCUACGCUACCCAGAUGCCAGCAUCAGUGUUGUUAGCCCAGACCAGUUUAUUGUCUAUAUAUACCCCCAGGUACUUGUAGUAUUCCACAGUGUCCACCCUGACCCCCUGGAUGGAAACGGGUCACUGGUGUCAUGUCCCUCCUCAGAUCAGCAACCAGCUCCUUUGUCUUAGUCACGUUGAGCUGCAGAUGGUUCCACUCACACCAUGUGACAAAAAUGGUCCAAGGAAGGACAACCAGUAUCCCAGCGACAGGGUCAUGGGCGCCCAAGGCUCACUGAUGCACAUUGGGAGAAAAGUCUGCCUCGUCUGGUCCGAUCCCACAGAGGAGCUACUGUAGCUCAAAUGACUGAAAAAGUUAUGCUGGCUAUGAUAGACAGGUGUAAGAACACACACUAAAUCGCAGUUUGCUGCUUAUGGGGCUGUGUAGACACAGACCAGUCAGAGUUCCCAUGAUGACCCCUGUCCACCGUCCAAAGCUUCUACAGUGGGCAUAUGAGCAUCAGAACUGGACCGUGGAGCAGUGGAAGAAGGUGGACUGGUCUGAUGAAUCACGUUUUCUUUUACAUCAUGUGGAUGGCCGGGUGUGUGUGCAUCGUUUACCUGGGGAAGACAUGGCACCAGGAUGCAGUAUGGGAAGAAGGCAAGCUGGCAGAGGCAGUGUGAUGCUCUGGACAGUGUUCUGGCCUGAAACCUUGGGUCCUGGCAUUCAUGUGGUGUUACUUUGACAUGUACCACCUACCUUCACAUCGUUGCAGACCAAAUACAUGGCAGCGGUAUUCCCUAAUGGCAGUGGCCUCUGUCAGCAGGAUAAUGUGCCCUGCAACACUGAGAAUAUUGUUCAGGAAUGGUUUGAGGAACAUGACCAAGAGUUCAAGGUGUUGCCUUGGCCUCCAAAUUCCCCACAUAUCAGGCAUCAGUUGGAUGUGCUGGAAAAACAAGUCUGAUCCAUGGAGGCCCCACCUCGCAACUUACAGGACUUAAAGGAUCUGCUGCUAACGUCUUGGUGCCAGAUACCAGAGGAUGCCUUCAGAGGUUUUGAGGAGUCCAUGCCUCGAUGGCUCAGAGGUGUUUUGGUGGCAUGAGGGUGACCUACACAAUAUUAGGAGGGUGGUAUUAAUGUUUUGGCUGAUGUGUAUGUUGCCCAGUACUAGGCUAGCCUUGGGUGUAGCAGCAUGACUGCCAUACUGACUUGUGGCAGCCAUGUUGCUUCCUCAAGGUCUCCUUUGCACUGCACUGGUAACGUUGAAUCACCUUUCGCCUUAAGCAGCGUCUGAAGAAACUUCUGCACUUUGUUCUGUUGUUAUCAGGAGUUGCUUAUCUGUUAUCUUGAUGUGGAAACGCCACCAUGAUUCUGCUGCAGUGCAACACAAAACCUUUAACAAACAUCUAGGCAGAAUGAAGCCAGUGUUUGUCAUGCUGUGACUCAGAGCCCAAACGGAUUGCAGGCCUUCUGUCUUUAGUCCCUGCCGGACCAAAGUUCUGAUGUUGAACCCACAAUCCAGACUGACGGAGCAAACUUCUCAUUUAGAUUUUGAGACACGAUGAAGAAGUCUGUCUAAUCUGGACCUCCUGCUUGACAUCUGACAGUAUGUUCAUGCAAUUCUCCUUCCAUCUGGACUGGACCAAACAGACACAUACAAAACACACUCAGCAGUAAAGCAUUUAAAUGAAACGUCUUCUAUGUUUACUUUAGCUAUGUCACUCUGUGGUGUUUGCUAUAAAAGGAAAGUACCGGUACUGACUCGGCUGGAGUAGUUCUGGACUGCAAGUCUGACAUCAUGACCAGUGAAUUAAUGAACAGGUUCACUAACACAUAGAUCCAUUAUGGAGGCCUGCUAUUCCUUCUCAUGUUAUCAACCAAAGAUUCUUUCACUUUCAUACUUCAAAAAGAGCAUGUUAUACUUUAUACUUCUUUAAAAAGACCAUAUAGACUUUAUACUUCUUUAAAAAGACUAUAUUAUACUUUAUACUUCUUCAAAAAGACCAUAUUAUACUUUAUACUUCCUUAAAAAGAGCAUAUUAUACUUUAUACUUCUUCAGAAAGAGCAUAUUA